GCCCGCUGGUCGCCGCGCUCCGGUGCUCGGUCCCGGCUGAGAGGAGCCCCAGCGUACCUGUCAGGCGUCAGCAGCCCGCGCCUCGCCACCCAGCUGCCUCUUGUUUGCAUACGGGGCGGUCUGGCAGGAAAACAGCUUCGUGCCUGGCCGGGGGCGCUGCGGGUCGUCGGGCGCAGCCGGUGUCAGCUCGGAGGCUACCGGCGGCCCGAGUGGAUCACGCUGCUCGAGUGGAUCACGCUGCUCGCUGGUUUUCCGCCCUGCCCUCUGCAAACACUUCGGCAGGUCCCUCAGUGGCAGCUUUCUGCCUCCUUUGGCAGCCUGGGAGACCGCCCGUGGCAGCAGUGCCCACAGGCACUUUGCCAGCCUCAAGGGAAGGCAGGAUGUUCCAGUCCAUGAUGGCUGUGAUGAGAUUUUCCGUGUCUGACAACAUUACACAUUCGACUGCUCUGGUGACAGCACUGGAUAAUGUAACAACUCUGACCCCAACAACAAUGCAGGCAGUCAAUGACACCAACAUCACCGUGCCACACAAGUGCCUGUUGUUGCUCUAUGAGGACAUUGGGAAAUCCAGAGUCCGCUACUGGGAUCUUCUGCUCCUGGUUCCCAAUGUGCUUUUCUUCAUGUUUCUUCUCUGGAAGCUGCCCUCUGCCAGGGCCAAAAUCCGGGUCACUUCCAGCCCAAUCUUCACUACAUUCUACAUACUAGUAUUUGUGGUGGCUUUAGUUGGUAUUGCCCGUGCUGUUGUGUCCAUGACUGUGAGUGCCUCUGAUGCUGCCACAGUUGCUGAUAAGAUCCUGUGGGAGAUCACCAGGUUCUUCCUUCUGGCAAUUGAACUGAGUGUGGUGAUCCUAGGCCUCGCCUUUGGUCACUUGGAGAGCAAGUCAAGCGUGAAACGUGUUUUGGCAAUCACUACAGUGCUGUCCCUGGCAUAUUCUGUCACCCAGGGCACCCUGGAAAUCCUGUACCCUGAUGCCCACCUCUCAGCAGAAGACUUCAACAUUUAUGGCCAUGGAGGGAGGCACUUCUGGCUUGCAAGCUCCUGUUUCUUCUUUCUGGUCUAUUCUUUGGUGGUGAUUCUUCCAAAAACUCCUCUGAAAGACCGGAUUUCUUUGCCCUCCAGGAAGAGUUUUUAUAUUUAUGCUGGAAUCCUGGCACUGCUGAACCUGGUGCAGGGCCUGGGCAGUGCCCUCCUCUGUGUGGAUGUCAUAGAAGGACUGUGCUGUGUUGAUGCUACCACCUUCCUUUACUUCAGCUUCUUUGCACCUCUCAUCUAUGUGGCAUUCCUGAAAGGCUUCUUUGGGUCUGAACCGAAGAUCCUUUUCUCCUACAAAUGUCAAGUGGAUGAGCCUGAGGAUGUGGAUGUGCACCUACCCCACCCCUAUGCUGUUGCCAAGAAGGAAGGAAUGGAUUCUGGGUUCUACUCGAGCACUCAGAUUGACACCACAGCCUACCUGGAUGAUGUGGCUUCUAUGCCCUAUCAUGUUGGCAGCAUCAACAGCAUAGACAGUGACCGCUGGAAAGCCAUCAAUGCCUGAGGCAGCCCUACUCACUUUACACGAUGCCUCUGUUCUUUCCUUCCCAACUCCCUGACGCCACAGCUGUUAGGAUGUCUGUUGGAAAUCUGUCCUUGGCUGCCAUGGAUUUCCAAAACCUAUGAUGGAACUAAGUUGGCAGCCCAAAUCCUGUCGGAAAAAGACGUUUUCUGUUGCUACCUGUGAACAAUGUGGAACAGUUUUGUUCAUAAACUUACAAACACUGAACCUUCCUGAUCCUCUGUGUUCCAGAUGUGAAUAUGACCCAGAAGACAGGCCUGACUGGCACCUCUUCUUUAUCAAUGACUUAAAGCACUUGUCUGCCAAUUAGGGGAAUGGCAUUUAAGGAUGAGAGUGUUGAUUUGACUGCUGUAUUGUACAUACAUAGAAAGAGUUCAGUGGUUGAAACCAAAGAUGAUGUUUUGAUGGGCUUUUUCAAGUGGCAUCGUUGCCUGGGUCUUGUUGUAAUACAACAGCAUAGGUGAUGAUAGUAGUGUCUGUAGAGGGAAGCUGGUUGCUUGGGCUCAUCUCUAGUUUCAGCUAAUAUUGAUGAAAAUCAUAAAUUGCAGUUGCUAGGUGUGUUCUGAGUGUGAGAAGUAUGAAGAGGAAUGAACUGUUCUUUGUGCCCUGGGAGCAUUUUGCGAGGCUAGCAGCAUGGAUGUGAGCUGAACACUAGGGAGACAGAAGGACAGACAGCACUACUGUCUAACUGAGCUGAAGUAGCUGUGAAAAUGUCUGUGGAAGCUGUCCACCUCAGCUCACGGGAAAGUCUAAGUAACAACACUGAGUCAGGGCUGAGUUUCAAGACUAAAACCUGUGAGGUGGUAGGUGCAUUUUCCAUCUGCACCCUGCUUCAUGGCUCUGGCAGGCUCUUGCAGAGUGCUGUGAAGGAGGAAGCUGACUCUGCACAUGAAGGCUCCAGAGACGUUCAGGUGCUUGAGGCAGAGCAGAAACCCAUGAUGAGUCCGAGCUGUCGGUAUUUAGUGAGAUUUAGAAUCGAGCUGGCUGGUGCUCUCAUUAGCAAGGCAAGUGGGAGAUGAUGUGAUUCCCUGGCAGUAUUCUUCUCUUAUGUUGCAGUUCAGAUCCCCAGACUUUUGCUGGUCUGAAUAGAUGUUAUGGCUCUGUAUGUUGAAAAUACUUAUGUGCACAUGGAGCGUGGUUCAUUUAAACACUCUCUGGAAGUUCUUAUUAACCUCUUCCAUGCUGAAACAGGGACUGCUGUUGCCUGAGCUCUCUGGCAUGCAAUUUCAAGACACCUUGUUCUAAUCCAGGGACUGUUCAGCUGGUAGCUUUCAGGUUGGUUUCUGGGAUGUACUGUGCUCUCCUGGGGUGAAGAGGUGUAUUACUCUACUUUUGGGAUUGCUUUCCUACCGGAGUCCUUCAGGUAGGUAGAGAUCUGCUAUAAGCAAUAGCAGCUUUCCAUUAUAGAUGGUAGAAAGAGGGAAUUUUAAAUGUAUGGGGACUGUGUGAAUCUCUUGCCCCAACUCACUGCUGUUCCUGAAGAAUAUUGAGGUAAAAGUUUGAGAAUCAUGCAGGCUGCAGUGUGGAGGGGUUAGUUUGGAUUGUGAGAAGGUAGGGGAAAGCAUUUGCUACCAGGUGUUCCCACCAUAGGGAAAAAAGUUUGUAUAAGAACACAGAGUUCAUAUUGGUUGCCAAAACUAUGCAGACCCUUUGCUUAUCUCUUUUUGUUAAUGAGCAAUGCAGCCUCUCUGUUCUGCCUGUGGACUUUACCCUGCAGGCCUCUAAGCACUGGCACCUUGAAAACACCCCCCCCCCAACCCCACCUUUUUUUAUGUAAUUUACUUUUGAGGGGAAAAGGCUUCUGCUUGUCUAUGUGCAAGAGCUGAAUUGUCUCAUGUAUAUCAACAGCCUUUCACACUUUCCCCUCCAUGCAAUGACUAUGUCAGGGCUGGACAAACAGCUGGCCAAGUCAACCCUUCCCAUGCUUCUCCUGCCACUUGCUAUGACUUGGCCUGAGCCAAGUCUAACAGGGCUGGAUGACAUGGUGCCUGAAUUGCCCCACUGCUGCUCUUGCUGCUGCUUCCAACACUGAUCCCCAGCUGCUGUUAGAAAGUGUGGGGAAACCUGCAAUGCUUCCCUAGAGGUGGUGGGCCUUGGACAGAGCCAAGAGCUACAUAGGUCUUAAAGCAGUUGAGAAAUAAAGGAGCAAGUGCUUUUCUGUCCUGAGUAUUUGCUGACUUUCAACACCCUGAGAGGACUUACCUGUCCUCCUUGGUGGUGGGAAAAGCAGGUUAAGAAUUUGCCUUUUGAUCGGGUGAAUUCAGUGCUGAAGGAUCACCUGUGUAGGUGGUUGACAUGUCCAUCCUGUCCUUUGCUGGCAGGACUCCAGUAUUUCUGGAGUGUCCCAUGUUCUGCUGCUGAGAAGCUUCUGUGCUAGGUCAUGGACUGACCUUCCUCUUGUUGCAUUUUUAUGUAUAUAUAGUGCUUGGGGCCAUAUUCAAACUGGUCCUUGAGCAGGAGUGUGCUAUGCGUGGGGAGUGGUUAAAAAGAGAGAAAAUAUAGAAUAAAUGUAUAUUUUUGUUUGUAAAAUAAAGAAAUAAAAUUAAGUUUGGCAUAAA